GGGGACUGGUCAUCACCUGGGCUUGCUGCGCCUGUGGAUGAUGAGAGUCCAAGGUUCUUUAAAACACCUGAUGGCGUAAAGAUCCAGGAAUUGGCUCUUGGAAGAGGAGAUCAAGCAGCAAAGCCUGGAGAUCUGGUUGUGCUUGAUUAUGUACUCAGGCGAGCGAAUGGCUAUUUCAUAUAUGCCACAGUAGAGGGAGUGAGCUUCCAGCCUCGUGAUGUACCGAUAGGGCCUCUGGAAAUCACUUUGGGGUCAAAGGAUGUCAUCCCAGGUCUUGAGAGGGUGCUGGAAGGGAUGAAGCCGGGUGGUAGGAGAAGAGCUCUCAUUCCACCCGAGCUCGGAUAUGCUGCCGAUCCCGACAAUGCCCAGCCCCAGCCGCCAACAUUUGCGACAAGGCGCCAGCUCUUGAAUCAUGCAAAAGAGCCUUUGCUUUUUGAAGUGCAGCUUUUGAAGAUC